AUGGUCGACAUCGAGAACCAUUUCACAGUCUUUAUCCGCUUACCCUUCAACCGCGGCAACUUCGUUGAUCCGCCCCCGGUGGCUUGGUCAGCCGCCAAGGAGCGUGCUCUAUGGGAUAUUAUGUCUCGACAAGGCAAAGGAAAUGAAAUCGACUGGCGCUCUUUGUCGGAGAGAUUCGAAGUCACCCAGUCAUUCCUCCUCCAACAGGCCGCCUGGCUCUACGAGAGACAACUUUCCCAAGUUCGAGCCCAGAUGCGUCGGGUCGGAAAUAGGCAGUCUGCUACUCCAUCUCCUGCCCCUGGAUCAGUAUCAGCCAGCAUGGUGGGAGGCCAGGCCAUGAAACGAGCCGGAAGUGGUGGGUCACGUGUUCCCUCCCGCUUGUCCACCCAAGCACUGGGCAGUCCUGUUACUGCGGGAGGAGGAGCAGGAGGAGGAGACAGUACCCCUGGCACACCGGCUAAGAGCAGAACUUCCCUUCCAUUCCGAAGCUCUUCAGGCGCUGGAGGUGCCAUCACCUCUCAAACUAGAGCGGCUUCCGGUUCUUCGAGACCGCUUUCCCGACAGUCCUCGAAAGACGCAGACACGCCGGUGUACACCACGCGGUCUAGGCGCGGAAGCAUCCAACAUCAGCUGGCAAGAUCACCGGGUCAAGCAAGAAACGCCCAUCCUCAAUCCUCCGAUUCUGAAGAUGACAUGACUCAGUCUCGCAUCACGGCUCGUCGCCCAAACCCCUCCUCCAUCCACCGUCGAGCCCUUUCCUACCGCAAAGAUCACCAUGCUCAACGAGGGACCACCACGAAUCCGACCGAUCCCAAUCAGCCUCCAAAACAAGCCUCGGACGAAGAUGACGACGAUGAUGACUCGCCCUCCUUCCUCCCUUUUGCAGCACACAGUCCCACCCUUCCCGAAACCAAGGGCCGACCAUCCUCUUCGUCCCAACAAGACCCCGGUGCAACCUUACGAGGCGCCUUCAACUGCCAGCAAGGGGCACAGGCUCAAAAUCCAAGGCCCAACAUUCACCGCCGUGCAACAUCUGAACGCAUAUCAUCACCGACGGUUGAACCACCUACUCCCGUACAGACUCAAAGAACUCGGGAUCUCGCCUCAACAUCCCCUCAUUCCUCUCCCACGCACUCCUCUCAUCCAUCCAAUGCUACAAGACCCAACAGUACAAAUCAAGCACCGUCCACAGCUGCACGCUUCUCCACAUCGAACCCAUUAUCCCCUUCCCACCGCACCCUCCUGCCAUCUUCCCCACGUCGACAUCCCGGUCCGGGCUCCGAUACAUCUCCUAGCAUGGGCUCAUCAUUUUCGGACCUCGACGAUGCGAGCGUAACGCAGAGUGCCCUGGAAGAAGCCUUACUGAGUGGUAUGGGAAACACUACCAUGACGAUGCCUGGCGGAGGUGUGGCCGGGAGAGUCAGUGGGAUUAGCCAGGCGCUGAGGAGUCGGUAUUUCGAUGCGAGAGGCGAGGGUCACGGACAUGGGCAAAGAGGAGGAGGAGGCAUGGGAGGUGUUAGCGAGAGGUAG